AUGUCGGCCAGAAAUGGUGCUUCGGGCAUCAGCAAAGAGAAUCCCGAAGCAGACAAGAGGCUGCUAGGCAAGCACAAAGAUGUUCUGCUAGGAAAAUUGAGGCGUUACCUGAACCAUCCGGACACCAAGCAUGAUCACAUCGACGCUUUACGGGAUGCUCUCCUUCCCAAAAUUUCUUAUCUCAGCGACAUUGACGCAAGACUUGAGCUCGCCAAGUCUUGGAUGAUUGGAGAGUUGUUUCCCAAACGUGGUUAUCUUCCGGCUCACCAUUACGAGCCCAAGGAUGGCCUCAACGCGGUCGAAGUAAAGGACCAUCUGAGAGGCGAUAUCAAACAAGCUAUUUCCGCUUCUUCACUCCGAGACGAGAGCACUUGCGUUGUCACAAAGUCUGCCGACCCUAGGGUUUGUCUGGUCCUUCCUUUUCCUACUUCGCAAACUGCUGCUUCGUUGGAGUAUAUCUUGCAUAAAGAUUCGGGAGACAUUUUUGGCUUUGAGAUUCGCAAGUAUCUCGCUGUUUUACAGUCGCUGGCUACCGUCUUCUCUUUGGCGAACAUGAUCUCCCUCAACGAGAUACUCUCGAAAUGGUGGGCGAAGGCGUGGAUUGCCCUCGAGCCUAUCUCACAAACCGACUGCUCCAUCCGGCUCCGGCUUAGAUGGCUCCGAAAAGCCAUGUUUGAUCAGGAAAGGGAUCAUAGAGUUGGCAGGCUCGAAUCUGUCCGAGGAUCCUACGCCAAAGCGGUGUGCAUCGACAUGGACCCCCGCAUGGUCUCUCGGGAGAGACUCACUCAGUCUGGAAAGUCUCUUCGCAUGGUCCACUUUGAAACACGUGAGUACGUCGAGGACGGCUACGAGUUCGACAUUACUGCGGCCAGGAAGGAAGACCUCCCAGACUUUGGACUGCUCAAGGUUCGGUACAUCCUUUCGAUAGCUAUGUCACUGACGGGCGAGGGGUUAGCCGAGGACGAUCAGCAGUGA